GUAUCAAUCGCGCAUGAAAGUGCAGACCAGUAUUCCGUUACAAUGUUGUGCACACAGGUUAUACGCCGAGGUAUUGCGACCUCUCAGACGCUUUGUAAGGCUCAAGCGGGACGGUACAAAGUAACAAAAAAUCGAAGCAGGCCACUCUCAUACGAACAGGCGAAUCCACCGCAUCAGAUCGCACACAGGAAAGCGUGGAACUCUUGGAACACAUCAGGACUUCGUGAUGGGUUGCGUGCUUCUGAAACAGCUACAGAAGACGUGUUCAUCCGCAAGUUUAUAACAGGAACAUGGCAUCAAUUAUUUGUUUCUGAAAUUUUGAUCAAACGACGUUACAAUACAAUCUACAUUGGGGGAAUCAUUCAACGUACAAUUCUGCCCCGUAAAGUCUACUUCCUUAUCGGAUACACUGAGGAAAUUCUUAGUUACAUUCUCAAAUGUCCUAUCAAAUUAGAACUUCAGAGCACCCCCGAUGCUAAAAAUAUGAUCUAUAAAUAUAUUUAGGGCUUAACACGAGUGCAGCAUCUUUCUGGUCUUGCAAAGGGCAGGUGUCAGUUCAUUUAUAAUCGUUGUAAAAAAUGCAGUAAUUAAUUUUAUAAAUACACCCGUCUUGAAAAUGCAAAAACCUA